CUGUGCUGCCCGGGACUCGCAAGCUACUGGCUAGGGCUCUGCCGGCGGCUGACACCGGGGCCCCGCGCCCCGGGCCUCCUGCUAUAAAUACCCUGCGAGUUCUGGCCUCCGGAGACAGGCCACCGCCAUUCCCGUUGCCGCCGCGUUCUUGGACUCUGUUUCUCUCGUUGUUGAAGCUCCUGCUGUUUGCAGAGGCUGAUCGGGGAAGAAGAAGAAGAAGAAGAAGAAGAUGACGAUCACCAUUGAACAGCCCCAGCUCGAUGCGGUGGCGGCGGAGAGGAAGGUCCCCGCCGGCGGCGACCCCGCGGAGCUGGUGCUGGAUGGCGGCUUCGCCGUGCCGGACGCCAACGCCUUCGGCAACACCUUCAGGGACUACGACGCGGAGUCGGAGCGGAAGAAGACGGUGGAGGAGUUCUACCGGGUGAACCACAUCCGGCAGACGCACGAGUUCGUGUCCCGGAUGCGGGCCGAGUACGGGCGGCUGGACAAGACGGAGAUGGGCAUCUGGGACUGCAUCGAGCUGCUCAACGAGUUCAUCGACGACAGCGACCCGGACCUGGACAUGCCCCAGAUCGAGCACCUCCUCCAGACCGCCGAGGCCAUCCGCAAGGACUACCCCGACCAGGACUGGCUCCACCUCACAGGCCUCAUCCACGACCUGGGCAAGGUGCUGCUGCACCCAAGCUUCGGGGAGCUCCCUCAGUGGGCAGUUGUUGGUGACACCUUCCCUGUCGGCUGCGCGUACGACGAGUGCAACGUCCACUUCAAGUACUUCAAGGAGAACCCGGACUACCACAACCCCAAGUUCAACAACAAGUUCGGCGCCUACUCCGAGGGCUGCGGCCUCGACAACGUGCUCAUGUCAUGGGGACACGACGACUACAUGUACCUGGUGGCCAAGGAGAACAAGACCACGCUUCCUUCCGCGGGGCUGUUCAUCAUCAGAUACCACUCUUUCUACCCCCUGCACAAGCAUGGAGCCUACACGCACCUGAUGAACGACGAGGACAAGGAGAACCUCAAGUGGCUGCAUGUGUUCAACAAGUAUGAUUUGUACAGCAAGAGCAACGUCAGGAUAGACGUGGAGAAGGUGAAGCCCUACUACAUGUCCCUCAUCGACAAGUACUUCCCAGCGAAGCUGAGAUGGUGAAAUGGGCACCCACCCUGGAGAGGAACCAAAGAGUUGUUCCAAGUCUCCAUGUACCAUAGACAAAUACAGUACAAUGUGCCGUGUAUGAACAUUUUCAUACCCGAGUCGAGUGAGAGUGUACCAUUUUGUAUCGUGCAGAUCAGAGUUCCAUGAGAUCCCAUAGAAUUCGAAUAAAAGUUGCUGCAUCUGUUCUAUGCACUAGGUGACUUCGCUGUGCCA